AUGGAACAAUAUCGGAUGCAUUUAUUCGGUAUGUCUAUCGCUGUGGUGGGCAUGCUGUGUUUAAUAUGUCAACCCAGUGUGAGUGGAGCACCGGCCGUGCCUACGAAAGAAAUGAUUGAUUUUAUGCGAAGAUUCGGCUAUCUGGAGAAGGGACCGUCCCAGGCGGAAGCCCUGUACAGUGGAGAAGCGAUUGUGGAAGCAAUCAAGCACGUGCAGAAGUUCGGUGCAAUACCACAGACGGGCGUUCUGGAUCGACAAACGAUCGAGCUAAUGUCAACGCCCCGGUGCGGCGUGGUCGACGUGAUGCAGCACGAUCAAUCAUUGCGCCACCGGCGGUACGUGAUCGGAUCGGAGAGCUGGCGCAAGCGGCGCAUAACAUACUUCAUUGCGAACUGGUCCAGCAAGGUUGGUGAGGACGCGGUGGCCAAGUUUAUGGCCAAAGCGUUCGGCGAGUGGAGCAAGUACAGCAAGUUGCGCUUUGUGCGCGUGUACGACCCAUCGGCGGACAUCAUCGUCGGGUUCGGUAGUGGCCAUCACGGGGACAACUACCCGUUCGACGGUCCGGGAAACGUGCUGGCCCAUGCGUUCUAUCCGUACGAAAUGAAUGCCUACGGAGGCGAUGUCCACUUCGAUGAGGAUGAAAACUGGAAGGAAAACUCGACGCACCUUAGCGAAGGGGUGGACUUUUACUCCGUCGCCAUACACGAGCUGGGCCAUUCGUUGGGGCUUGCCCAUUCACCGGUCUACACGUCGCUGAUGUUCCCGUACUACAAGGGCAUUGCGCAGGGAACGCUCGAUUACGACGACAUCUUGGCGAUGUACCAGCUGUACAUACAAAACCCGCACAUCACCGAUGACCCGGAUUGGAUGUACACUACCGAAUCGGUCACGGCUGUGGACGAGCUCUUCACCGUUACACCUGCACCGAGACUGCCCGAUUGGGACAGUGAUCCAUAUCCCGAGCAGGAACCGGUCAGUACCAGCACCACCACAUCCUCAACGACGGCAGUCUACGACAUCCCAAUCACCUUCGUCGGUGACUACGAAACCGUGGACGACCAUAUCAGCCGUUACCAUUCCCGGUCACCGCCGGCCGUCGUCACAACGCACAUGCCGGCGGAGUACGUACCGGUGCCGGACAUAUGCAGCGGUAGUUUCGAUGCGAUCGGGUUGCUGCGGGGUGAAAUAUUCAUCUUCAAGGGUCCGUACUUGUGGCGGCUGACGGAGAAGUAUCGCAUCAAGCAGGGUUAUCCCGUGCGCAUUUGGCAGGUGUUUCGGGGAUUCCCCAAAACCGUCAGCCAUAUUGAUGCGGUGUACGAGCGGUGGGAUGAUAACGCGAUCGUACUGUUUUCCGGCCGCUUCUACUGGGUGUUUGAUGCGCUUAACUUCCUGCACCCGGAAGUACGGCCACUGACGGACUAUGGGCUACCGGAAGAGCUGAAGCGGAUCGAUGCGGCAAUGGUUUGGCCGAAAAACAACAAAACCUACCUGUUUGCGGAUGAUCGUUUCUGGCGGUACAAUGAUACUGCCGGCGAGAUGGAUGAAGGCUAUCCGUCAUCCAUGGACCGUUGGUUUGGUGUACCGAAUAAAAUUGACGCCGCAACGGCGGUCGCAAGCGGCAAGACGUACUUUUUCAAGGGAAAUUACUACUGGCUGUACAAUAACGAACGGGUGCGUCCGGAACGUGGAUACCCUCGGCGGACGGGAAAUAUAUGGCUCGGAUGCCGAUAA